UGGGCGUGGUAUGGCGAGAGAGGUCUCCAGUCCAGAACGAAGCACAGGAUCGUGGAUCAGAAGCAAUCUACAAUGUCUAAAACAUUUAGAAAGAGGAAAAUGCCAAAAUCAAAACUAAACCCACAAACAGCAGAUGUCAUAAAGGAUUUGAGAAGAGAGGGUGAAUGUGGAUCAGACCCUUCAAAGAAUGAGGAAACAGGCUCCUUGAAAACAAAGAGAACACACGUCAAAAAAAAGUACCAUGAUCUCCAGCCUGUGGUCUUGAGACCUACUGAGGAUUCAGGCCAUGGGUCACCUUGCAGACCAGCCAUCACUUCCGGUCUAGUCAAUGGUGUGGAAGCCCAACAUACGAGUUCAUGUGACCACACGAGUUCUUGUGGAAUAGUGGGGAAAGUGCAUGAAUCUAGUUCCGAGUUAAAAAGGAAACAAAAUAUGGAAGAUGUCAACCAGCACUCCUUAAAAAAAUACAUUGAAGAAGUGAAGCAGGCAGUACCUGUCAUAGUUCCUGUUGCUCAGAGGAAUCAGAAAACUGACGGCACACAGGAGCACAAAUCACCUCCGUGCACCAAAAAAGAGACACCUGUUUAUGCACCAGGAAGUCAGGAGGAAAAAUGGCAACUUCAGAUUUUGGCGAAGGGUCGAGUGACCUGUCCCAAAUGUAAGAGUGUUGGAAGAAAAACUGUGGAUGGUUUGAAGAAACAUCUGGAAACCUGCAAACUGAAUCCCUUUACGUGCCCACACUGUGGGAAACAAUUGAAAACUUCAACUGGAAUGAAGUACCACCUCAUGGCCGACCACAGUAACCUGCCUCUUCCAGAUACUGGGAAUGACGUCGCUGACCAGGCUGUAAAAGAGAAGCUUAGGAAAGUUCUGAAAAGGAUGGGCAAAUUGAAAUGUUCAAAAGAGGGUUGCACAGGAAGCUUCACCAGUAUAAUGGGUUAUGUGUACCACAUGAAGAAAUGUGGCAAAGAGGAAUCAGAGCUGGAGAAGCUCGUAAUGAACUGUAAACAUUGUGGAAAAGCGUAUCGAUCCCGGACUGGUCUGGAGUACCACAUCAAAAAUGAGCACAGUACAACGCCCCAAGAAAGUGAAGAAGAGGAGGUGAAGACCCGGAAAGAGCCCGUCUCAGAGCGCACACAGAGCGGGCGGGUGAAACGGUUGUCGGCGCAGGUGGCCGUGUUCCACCUGAGGGAGAUCGCCAGCGAGGAGCUGGUGAAGGAGUGGCCCAAGAGAAAAGUGCAGCGCGACCUGGUUCCAGACGACAGGAAGCUCAAGUAUUCUCGUCCUGGGUUGCCUGCUUUUAGUCAGGAUACUCUGCGCAAGUGGAAGAAUGAGGUCAAACUUCAUAAGAAAGUGCAGUGUCCAAAUAAGGGAUGUGGUUGCUUCUACACAAGCGUAUCUGGACUAAAAUCUCAUCUUGGGCUAUGUACUUUGGGGGGAUUUGAAACUGGAAAGUAUAAAUGCUUGAUAUGUAAGAAAGAGUUCUACUCUGAAAGUGGAGUGAAGUACCACAUCAAGUCCAUUCAUUCUCAGGACUGGUUUGUUAUAAGGUCUAAAGCUAAGAGUUCCAAAUUUGAUAAACUGCACAAGACGCAGCCCAAUGAAGAUUCCACGAGUCCUUCUGAUGUUCCCACGCCAAACCCAGCCGUCGGUUUUCCCCAGGCGCUCGACGCAUGGCAGCAUAGACAGACACCUGUGGCGGCCACGUCCAGUGGAACAACAAAUCCAGGACGAGAUGGUAGGAAGGGGAAAGAGGGCAGGCAGGAUAAAGACUGCUCUGAGUUCAGUGGCAGUGAUACCUCCAGCAGUGAGACAGAGGCAGAGGGUCCGGUGGGCCACAGACAUGACGACUGGGAUUUCAGCGGACCGCUCACAAAGCCUGUGUCCAACCAGCGACCUAGAAGUAAUCCAUAAACACAUCAUGCUCUUUUUCUGAACAUUACAUCAUCUCAUAUUCACCUCCAAAGCUGAAACAGAAGUAUUGGUGCUACUAGGAAGACUGAUUAUAAACAUUUAUGGAGUUUUUUUGGAGUUUUGUUCUCUCAAAGGCUACAUACUGUAACAAUGCAAACAUUAACAUGACAUGUGACAGAGUAAUGAAACAUGUAAAUAAAGGUAUUUAUUACCUGAUGCUGUAUAUUUAGUGUUUAGAGCAUGGAUUACUGGAAACUCCAGGUUUUACCGCCGCUUUUUGUUGCAAUGUCACAGGAUUUAUUUACACUGUUGCAUGUAAUGAUUUUCAUUUAUGCUGCUGUGAUUUGUGUGAUAUUACUGAGAAAGUGAUGGCAUUUAUAUUGUAGCAAUGUUCAUUGAGUGCUGCAUUACAAACAAUAAAUUUAACAUAC